AUGUCUUUUAUGGAUGGAUCAUCUGGGUACAAUCAGAUUUGCAUGGCUCCAAAGGAUGAAGAACUUACUGCCUUCCGCACUCCUAAAGAAGAUGAAGCAUUACUUCCAAGCUCAUGUGGUGCGACUCGUCUCGAAAGCAAAUCCUUUCAAGCGAUAAAAGGACAAGUGCUAGCCGACUUUUUGGCCAACCAUCCAAUUUCAGAUGAUUGGGAGUUAUCCGAUGAGCUACCUGAUGAAGAUGCAAUGCUUGUGGAAAUUCAACCUCCUUGGAAAAUGUACUUUGAUGGUGUUGCACAUUGUGAAGGAGUUGGUGCUGGAAUAGUGUUUGUCACUUCCUUAGGAGAGGAGAGGUCUUGCCAUACUCAUCAAGCACUCAUACUUGGGCUCGAAAUGGCUGUUGACAUGAAGCAAUUACAGCUACAAAUUUUUGGAGAUUCCAAAUUGGUGAUCAAUCAAGUUUUGGGUAGUUAUGAGGUCAAGAAGCCAGAGUUGUUGCCAUAUCGCAACUAUGCUAAAAAAUUGAUAGGUUGGCUCGACGAGGUGACUAUUCAACAUGUUCCUAGAAAGGAAAAUAAAACUGCUGAUGCAUUAUCAGCUCUAGCUUCCGCAUUAGUAUCACCUAAUCAAAUGCAAGUCUUUGUUUACCAGAGAUGGGUAGUACCACCACCAAAUGAAUGUGAAGAAGAAGUUGAGCAUGCCAUCACCACUUCAGAGGUUGAAAUUGAAUAUUGGCAACAACCAAUAAUUGAUUACUUGUGUUAUAGGAUAUUGCCAGAAAAUCUUCGAAGAAAGACAGAAAUCCGACGGCGAGCCCCUCGCUUCCUUUACUAUAAGAAUACACUCUACAGUAGAUCAUUUGAUGGAGUACUCUUACGUUGUUUGAGGGCAGAUGAGUCCGUUCAAGCUAUGCAGGAAGCAUAUUCUGGAGUAGGUGGGGCGCAUCCAUCUGGGCCAAAACUUCAUUUUCAUAUAAAAAGAAUGGAAGUAUUACACCCUACCGUGGCUUCAUGGCCAUUUAAAGCUUGGGGUUUGGAUGUUGUUGGGCCAUUGCCGAAGUCUUCUGGCAGGCAUUUAUACAUUUUGGCUGCAACUGAUUACUUCUCGAAAUGGGUAGAAGCUGUUUCUCUUAAAGAACAACGUAUUUCUUCUAUGUAUUAUGUUGCUGCCAAUGGCCUCGCUGAAGCAUUUAACAAGACACUCUACAACUUGUUGAAGAAAGUCGUCUCCAAAUCUAAGAGAGAUUGGCAUGAAAGAAUGGAAGAAGCUCUUUUGGCAUACAGGACCACCUAUCGCACACCAACGCAAGCGACUCCUUAUUCGCUUGUUUAUGGAGUUGAAAUAGUCCUUCCACUUGAGUGUCAAAUCCCAUCAUUUCGGCUUGCUAUUCAAGAAGGACUCACUGAUGAAGAAAAUGCUAGAAUGCGCCUUGAAGAAUUGGAAGCUCUCGAUGAAAAGAGGCUAGAAGCUCAACAAAGCCUGGAGUUCUAUCAAGCAUAUCUAUCUCGAUCUUUCAAUAAGAGAGUUCAUCCUAGAUGCUUCCAAGUGGGUGACCAAGUCCUUGUUGUAAGAAGGCCAAUUAUUACUUCUCGUCGAUCUGGAAACAAGUUUUCUGCUAAAUGGGAUGGGCCAUAUGUUAUGCAAGAAGUAUGCUCAAGUGGCGCAUAUAAGCUUGUUGACUUAGAAGGCUUGCGGAUUGGGCCCAUCAAUGGGAAAUUCAUGAAGAGAUAUUAUCCUUGA